UAAAUGUCGAUCCUUUAAAUUUUCAAGGUUUUGUUAUUCUAAUCAACUUUGUAGUAUUUAUUAAUAAUAUGUCAUUAAUAUAUUGCUAAUUAACUUAGUAAAGAAAGAAGAUUAUGAUUUGUGAGAAGAAUCAAACCGAUUAUAAACUAAUGGUGUUAACUCAAGUCUUCCAAUGUAAAAAUUAUCAAUCAUUAGCGAAUUUACCAAGCACGUGCUAACCCUUGUAACAGUUUGUUGUUUGUGCGUAGUAACGUUCAAGGCCUUUCAUUGAUUGAGAAACAUAAAUCAUAAUGAUGGGCUCGUCUGAUGGACUAAAUUUCAAUAUUACUCCUGGUCAGCAAAUGGCUUCAUCCUGUACCGGUGCCAUUAUCACUUCUUUGAUUGUUACACCAUUGGAUGUGGUUAAAAUUCGUAUUCAAGCUCGAGAGAAAGAAUUUAUUCGCAAUAAAUGUUUCCUUUACUGUAAUGGUUUAAUGGAUCAUAUUUGUACCUGUAAUGGAAAUGGAAAUUCUGAAGCUGCUUCAGUUCAAAUGACUCAAUCCGAAAGAGUUAAAUGGUUCAAACGUGGAGCUCCAUUCACAGGAACACUGGAUGGUAUUGUUCAUAUUGCCAGAAAUGAAGGGAUCACUAGUUUAUGGAGUGGAUUACCACCAACAUUAGUUAUGGCUAUUCCAUCAACUGUUAUAUAUUUCACUGUAUAUGAUCAACUUCGAGCUCGAAUUAACCUCCACCGUGGCAGAUUACCUCAAGAUCAACCACUUUGGGUUCCUAUGACUGCUGGCGGUUGUGCUCGUGUUAUCGCCGCUGUAACUAUUAGUCCAUUGGAAUUGAUAAGAACUAAAAUGCAAUCGGAGAAAUUGAGUUAUUUUGAUAUUGGAAGAGCAGUACGAUCAUUAAUCCAACAAGAAGGAAUUUUAGCACUUUAUCGUGGUCUUGUUCCAACAAUACUUCGUGAUGUACCUUUCUCCGCUCUUUACUGGGCCGGUUACGAAGGAUUAAAAAGAAAGUUAAACUGUACAGUUCAACCAACAUUCUUUCAAAGUUUCAUUUGUGGUGGAAUCGCCGGUUCGGUGGCAGCCAUAAUAACAUUACCUUUCGAUGUAGUCAAAACACAUCGACAAAUUGAGAUUGGACAAAACCUAAUUGUUGGUAAAAGUAAUCAUACAAGGACAACACCUAAAUCAACUGUUUCCAUAAUCAAACAUUUAUAUUCUCAAAGAGGAUUGAAAGGUCUAUUCGCAGGCUUAUCACCAAGAUUAAUUAAAGUGGCUCCCGCUUGUGCUAUAAUGAUUAGCACUUAUGAAUGGGGUAAAUCAUUUUUUAGACAUUAUAACGAGACGAGGCAUAAAAAUGUCCAUCAAUAUUAGAACCUCUAGUUGUUUAAUUGAUUUAUAGCUCCAUCUUUUCUGGUGGAAAAACUAUAAAUAGUUUCUGAUUAGAAAAAUCAGAAAACACAUAAAAAACCCUUAGUUGUUUGUAAAUAUUUUGUUGAUUUGUGAUAUUUACUUCAAUUAAAUCAAACCUAAUUACUUUUACUUGAAAAGAAA